GACGCUGAUGCCGGGUCAAUUGUAGAACUCGGCUCAAGCGCCGAUAAACCCGAUGAUGUCGGUGCUAUUGUAGAUAGCAAUUUACCGAAAGAUGGCAAACCUGGUGACAUCAAUGAAGAUAAUAAACCAGAUGACAACGCUGCUGGUACAAUUAAUGUAGAUGGUCUAUUACCAGGCGGAGCAACUGACCUGCCGGCCGCUGAAGGAACAAUAAAUGUCGACGGGUUAACACCCGGUGGCGAUAUCGAUGCUGGGAUAAAUGGUGGUCUGCCAAAUGGUGAUUUAGAUAAACCCAUUGGAUCAAUAAAUGUUAAUGGAUUGGAAUCCGGUCAUAACUCUGGUUCUCAAUCUACUGAGGAUAACAGUGAGCCGGAUCAAGAUGACAACAUUAAUGAUCAUCCAUCCAAUGAAGGCAAAGAUAAGCCGUACCACAAAAUUGAAGCUCAUGUUGCACCAAACAAUGGUGACAGCGCACAUAAUUUCUUUUUUAAUAAACCCGAAGGUAAUGAUGACGAGCCGGAUGUUGGAGAUAACACUAUAAAUGUCGAUGGAUUAUCUCCCGGUGGUGAUGGCAAACCUGAAGAUGACAAUAACAUAAAUAUCAAUGGCUUGUCACCCGGUGACGACGAAGACAAACAUUACGGUCAUCAUGGUCACGGAUGGCCCACAAGUCACGGAGGCGCUCCAAAGCCAAAUCAUAGCGACCUUGACGCUAGUUUCAUUCAGAAACCCGAUAUCGAUGUAGGCAUUAACGGUGGAUUACUACCUGGUUAUUCAUCAGGUGAGAACGUUGGUUUACCUGAGGUGUCAGGUCACAUUAGUAACAAUGGUGGUCUUCACCAAAAGCCAAACUCUAGACCUUCAGUACAACCUCUCUUCCCUGGCGCCGACAUCUUGCCACUUCCCUUGAUUCCGGGACUGAAUCCAACAAUUGGAAUACCCAGUAAAUUAGACGAUAAGGAUUUCAACAAAAAGAAUAACUCAAUGUUGAUACCUGUUAUGCUUCCAGGAGGUGGUCAAAUUUUACUGCCGUCUAGUUCCUUGGGUGGCAUUCCUUCUUAUAUUAUCGUGAUGAUUAACGGUCGGCCAACACUUAUUCAGAACCCUGGUUUGGGUCAUGGAUUGUCAGUCGGUGGCGCAAUGCUACCCCAGUGGUCUCAACUACCUGCCUGGUUAGGUGCGUUAGGUGCUCGUCUGCCUAGUGCUGGUGGUGCUGUGCUGGUUCCAAACAGCGAACCUGUUCAAACAGUCCCGGUACCUGUUCCGGUUCCAGAGCCAGUUCCUGCUCCACAGCCAGCUUUUAACAUCCCUUAUCCUGCAUACUAUUGGCCUUCUCACUGGAACUCCGGAACGCCUAGCAGCCCUGAUUUACAAAAACUGGUGGACCUGUUGAUAAACAUCAGUUCGCGUUUGCCGAAGCAACAGCCAAGCCCACCAAUGCGGCCAAUACCAUUGCCAGCAUAUACUUACCCACAGAACCCUUAUUACCCACCCUAUCCUUAUUACCCACCGUUUGUGUACCCAGGUAAAUAUCCUGGCAAUAUACUACCUACUGGUCCCGGAAAAGUCGUCCCCGAUGUCUCAUUCAACAUAACUGGAGAUAAAGAUGAUGAUUUAAUCCGGCCAUAUAUUGAAGAACCUGAGACACAGCCAGAAAGGCGCCCUGAGCCUGACAGGCAACCAGAAAUCGAAAAGCCAAAACCAGAGGUUCGUCCGCAGCCCAAGCCAGAAGUUCACCCAGACUUCAAGCCAGAAGUCGAAGAGAGGCCAAAACCAGAGAUCCGCCCAAAGCCUAAGCCAGAAGACCACCCAGACUUUAUACCUGAAGUUGAGGAGAAGCCUAAGCCAGCCAUCCGGCCGAAGCCGAAACCAGAAGAUCAUCCAAAUUUCAAAGAAAUUCCGGAGGUCAAGCCCGAAGUUAUUCCAGAGGUUAAGCCCGAAGUUAUUCCCGAGGUGAAGCCCGAAGUUAUUCCGGAGGUCAAGCCAGAAAAAAUCCCGGAGAUUAAACCAGAAGUUGUUCCGGAAAUUAAACCGGAAAUAAUUCCGGAGGUUAAGCCCGCAGUUAUUCCGGAGCGUAAACCCGAAAUCAUUCCAGAAGUGAUUCCAGAGGUUAGACCAGAGGUUAGACCAGAGGUUAGACCAGAAGUUAGACCAGAGGUUAGACCAGAGGUUAGACCAGAAGUUAGACCAGAGGUUAGACCAGAAGUAAUUCCAGAGGUUAGACCAGAAGUAAUUCCGGAGGUAAGACCAGAAAUUCGUCCGAAGCCCAGACCUGAAGUUAUUCCAAGGCCUCAACCAGAAAUCCAUGAGGAAAUUAGGCCUGAACCUCGUCCGGAGUCGAGACCAGACUUUAACAAAGAAGAGCGUCCGAAGCCCGAACGCGACCCUAAACAUGACACGCACAUUCACAUCACUCUUCCCAAACCCACUCACGUCGGCAAGCCGGCGCCCAGCCAGCCCGGCCUCGACAGCGGCCUCGUCGACAUCCUCAACAUCCUCCUCAAGUUCCCAGAAAGAAACUCUCACCCAACCAAAAAUCUGGGACCCCUGAUCAAGUUACUGCUGUCAAUCUUGAAGCCUGGCGAAAAGACACAAACUUUGAUACCAAGCCUGAACGAGCAGAUCCAAGGACAGCCAGAGCUAGGCAACCUUGGCAGCAUCCUGCUUCACAUUCUAGAUGGCCGCAAGGAGCCGAACCUGAACGUGCUAGUCGAGCCAGGCAUGGACGAAGCCACACGAACAAACAUCAUACUCCUGUUGAACCUCUUGGCUAGCAAUCUGGGUGGAUCCUACCCUGAUAUGGGUUACUACCAGCCCCAGAACCCACUUCUUUACUUCUUGGGCCACUUCCCCUGUGACCAUCCGAAUAUCCCCGCGAUAUCAGGGAUGUCGUCCGGGUCGAACUUGUGGCAGCUAUUGUCCAAGAUGUACGGGCGCAACUUCGGCCGCACUGAGUUCAGACUGGAGAGAUCAGCCGAAGAGUCUGAUGAUAAGCCAGCUGAGAAGGCCAAGGACUCACAGGUCAAGAGUGAGUUUGUUGCCGCCUAAGCUACCUAUAAGUACCUUA